AUGAUCCAGGCUGUGGUCGAUAGCGACCCACCAUAUCCAUAUCUUGCCGAUGAAAUUAUCAGAAACAUUCUCAUAAGGCUUCCUGUGAAAUCCCUAAUCCGAUUUCAAUGUGUCUGCAAACAUUGGAAAAAUGUCAUCAAGUCCGCAUCGUUCGUCGCCGACCACCUCCACAUCUCCGCUCUUCGAGACCCUUUGCUUCUUCUGCAUUAUAGUGCCGUUAGAAGUAAUAGUCGGUACUGCGUUAUGCUCGAUUACAAAUUCAGAGUCCUUGAACUUCUGCCCUCGCCUUUGAUCUCCCAAAAGGUUACCAUUAUCAGUUCCAGCAACGGUUUGCUCUGUGCUCAAAUUCACAUUGAAUCUCAGGUCCUUCCUUCCCUUUUAUUGUGGAAUCCUGCCACUAGAGAAGCCAGAUUGGUUCCCCACCCUGUUAAUAAUCAUAUUGGCUAUUUUAAGCUAGGAUUUGGGUUCAGUUCUAUUGUUAAUGAUUAUAAGAUAGUGAUGUUUUACUAUGAUUACAAGGUCGAGGCUAAACGGGUAGUAGUGUAUUCAUUAAGCACAUGUUCAUGGAGGGAGAUAAAAGUUGUUAACUUGGGGGGUCUAUCACUUGAUUUUCCAACUAUUACGCUGCAUGGUGCUAUUUUUUGGCGUGGGUAUAGGCUGGGUGGUGGUGUUGGUGAUUGGAUAAUAGUUUCAUUUGGCAUAGCAAUGGAAGUGUUUACGUUGAUAACACCACCACCUAAAGUAGGCUUUCAUUCAUGUCGUAGCCUCACUGUGUAUGAGAACAAACUUGCUCUGUUUUCUCGGGCAAAGAGUGAGAACAAUGAUUCUUUUGUGAUUGAUUUGUGGGUGAUGGAGGAAGGGACAGGUGAAUCUGGGAAGAAAAAGGGUUGGAAUAAGAUAUAUUCUAUCAGCACCAUUUUAGAUAUGGUUCCAUACGGUUUUUGGUUUGAUGAAGUAGUGUGCAAAGAUGAUGAUCCCCCUGAUGAUUUGUUUGAAUUUCCUAUAUGUCGGUUGAAUCUUAACACUCAUGAAUUGGAGACAUUUGCUACCUUCAGACGUGGAUAUCAGGUUUCAAUUGUUUGUAAUCAUGUAGAAAGUCUUGUGCCUCUUGGCAACAUUCAUAUUGAAGAGGCUUGA